CCACAAUCUAAAACGUAGAGCGACCACCAGGGUCUGAGAUCUUGUAAAGAAAAUCCAUAAACACAUCGAAGAGGCAUCUGUUCAAGAUACACUAUAUUGUCAGAAGAGUCACAGGACAUUCACUGUAAAGAUGUCAGAUGUAGACCAGGAAGAGGAAUUAUUGGAACCACAGACAGGUCCCAAAGGAGUGAUCCAUGACUGGAGGAAAUUUAAGCUAGAAAGUGAGGACCAUGAGAACACACCACAGAAGCGGAGAGAGCUCCUCAGACAGAUGUCCAACCCAAAGGCUAACAACGAUGAUAGCCAGGAAAGAAUUAACCGCAAGAUGAGUGUUCAGGAGUAUGAGAUGAUCCAGGAGGAGGAUGAGCAAUGUCUGAAGAAAUACCGCAGGCAAUGCAUGCAGGUAAUGCAUGACCGCUUGAGCUUCGGGCCCAAGUUCGACAGCGUCUUUGAGCUGGAAAGCAGUGAAGCCUUCCUUAAGGCCAUUGAAAAGGAGCACCGUCUCACGCUGAUCAUCGUGCACAUCUAUGAUGAUGCUAUAAAAGGCUGUUAUGCUCUCAACAACUGCUUGAACAGCCUGGCCAUCGAGUACCCCAGCGUGAAGUUUUGUCGAAUCCGGGCAUCCGCCACAGGCGCUGGAGAAAGGUUCUCUGACGAUGUUCUACCCACUGUGCUAGUGUAUAAGGCUGGAGAAAUGCUGGGAAACUUCAUUUGUGUUACCAAGCACCUCAAUGAGGAGUUCUUCGCUAUUGAUGUGGAGAACUUUCUUAAUGAGUACGGCUUGUUGCCAGAGAAGGAAUUUGCUGCCUGCCCUGAUGAUGAUGAAGAGCUUGGGGUAGAAUAAUCUAGAAAGAUCACACUAGUGGAGAAAAGCCAUAGUAGAAGAUCCAUGGUAAAUGUUUGGGACCAAGCAUACAGACAGGCAAUAAGUUUGUCAUGUAUAGAAGCUCAUUAAGUCACAUUCUCUAAUCAGAUAGUCACAUCCCAUUGCAGUUACUAUGCAUUAUUAGAAACAUGUGAAAUAAGGCAAUGCUUAAGCACACUUAUAUUAACCAAAGCAAAGAUGUUUCUUAUCGGUAACUUACUGAAGACACCAAGAUUAUUCUAGCACAUUUCCAUAGAAUAAAUAAAUAUAAAUGACUAAAAACCAAACAUUUUAGCUGAUAAAGAAUAGCAGGUCCUUGCUUACAACGAUCUGAAUAAGGACUAACCCGAAUAAUCAGUGACAGGUUAGUGCUAAAAUUGGUUGAAAUGUUUGGCUCAUUUUGGGGCUUCGUGUUACCGCUUUUGAUUAUUGCAAUCUCCAUGGUCUGUUGUCAAUGUCAGCAUUUCUUUCUUUAUUGAACUAGCCAUGUUUGUAAGUUCACUAGAAAGAGCAGAGCAGAAAAGGUAAAUAAAAUCAAUAUAACUAGGAAACUUUGUGAAAACGUAACUUAUUGUGUGCUUCUGAUAUUUUUAGCCAAAGUCGGCACAAGUAAGUAGGUAAUAUAAGUAGGUGAGGCAAUAGAAACAGUGACAAUAUGCAGCAUCAUGAAAAGUUUUAUCAUCCAGUGGAAAAGUGCAAAUCUUGAACACAAUUCUGAGACACCAAAGUAGAUUUUGUUUAGACACUAUGAGACAUGUAAACAUUUAAA